CCCCCUGAGCCGCCAUUUUUAUUCAGGCGCGCAAUUUUGAAUCGUUGCCGGAGUUUCCUUGAACUCAGCGCUCGGAUUAAUGCAUUUACAAGCAAUUUAUUUAGUUUAAACCCAUUUUAUACAUCUGUGGAGUUUUACGGAACGAUUAUUGCGCUCAUUCGUGUGCGUGAAUGUCGAAGUAACUGUUCAAACACACGGAACUAUUUGCUUUUUGCAAUAUGAGCGGCAGAACACCGAGAACUGCGUCCAGCGGACAAACGAACAAAAACAGUCAGGAGAGCAGGAAGUCGGAUGGAGGCGUCCCACAGCGGCGGCGAUCAGCACGGCUGUCCGCGAAUGAAGAACACGUUCCUCCUAAAGCCACGGCUCCAUGUGUACCUGUCAAACGCUCGAUCACUGUGAGAAAAAUUGCACCAAGGAAAACACAGGCCACAUCAGAGCCUGAUAAGGAAAAUGUGGAGAAACAAGUGUCCAGUGAAUCUAGAAAAAGGCCCCAGACCUCAAGUCCAGCCCAAGCUGAGACGACAGUGUCCAAGCCUACGAUUCUCUCUCCCAUCCAGGCCUCUGCAUCCCCCUCUCCCCAUACAGGACAACCCGAACAGGACCCUGUGUGGUCAAACAAAGUUCGCCGCUCGUACAGUCGCUUGAGCACGGGCGACCGCUCGUUCGACAGCACCAUCCCUCAGUCUGCCUCGUCCCCCACUCGCAGAGAGACUCUGUUUGGGUUUGAAAGGCUCCAGACCCCAGAGGUGGUCCGUAAAGUCGACACGUCCAGAGGAGCAUUUUCCACUACGUGCGUCGGAUCCUUCAACCUCUCGGCAGCUGAGGAGAGCAUCUCUAACCCCCCAGAGCCUGAUCUGAACAUUCCUGGGGUUUGCUUGGCGAAGAAGAACGCACGGAGGAAGAGGGUUCAGCAAAUAAAGAUGUCGGAACUGGACGUUUUGGCUGCAAAGAUGAACGCCGAGUUUGAGGAGGCGGAGGGCUUCGAGCUGGUGGUGGAGUGAUGUUUCGGAGCUGCCACAGAGACAUUUUAUACCCCAGGGACAAGUGAAGCCAGACACAACCCUGCUUCAGCACACGGGUUCAUCACUGACGACAGAUCAAAAGACUUUGAAAACGGAACAAGCUAUUACGUUUGAGGAAAAAAUGUUGCUCUGUAAUAGGUUGUGGUUUCUUUUUUCACUGCUGUCAGCAGAGCUGAUCAGACUGUAGAACUGUGCUCAACCCCCCCACCCUGUGUGUGGUGUUUUUUUUUUUUUUUUUUCUGUUGUCAAAAACUAAGCAAUUCUGCCCAUGUUUCUGCUUUCAUUGUUUGUUUUAGGUUUCGUUGUAUUGUCUGAUUCUCUAGUUCUGCUCAUUCACGUCAUUAGGACAUGAAACUUGGCUACUUAAAGCGUCUAAUGUAGUAUUCAUGUUUUCUAUAAACUAAACAAGAAGAAAAAAAGAAUUUAUUGCUAAUUCUAGUCAUUGUUCACAUUAUAUCAUCAUUCACUCCGUCUGACUCCGUCAUUUCAAGAUAUUUAUGACGUUACUAGUCUCUCAAAAUCUCAGUAUGAUUGUUUGUGUGCGUGUGUGUUAGGGUGUCAAAUGAAAACCUUGAAAGUGUGACCAUACAUUAGAGAAAAACCUUUUUAUUUUGAUUAUGUGGGGAAAUUAUACUAUUUUGCAGCAAGCAAUACAUUGUUUAUAAAAAAAAAAAAAAAAAAAAGGUUUUCAAUUGAUUUCCCUUGCGUAUGUACAAUAUAAAGCUCUGGUGUAUGUUCAUGGACCAUUUUAUGAGGAACACUUGUAUACCUACUUAUUCUUGCAAUGAUCAAUGUGGCUAAUCAAGUGACUGAAACUGGGUAGUUUAAGUUUAAAAUAAAAAUAAAAAAUAAAAAACAAACCAAUGUCGGAUUCGUGUUUUUGGCUGAUCGAAAUGGACCCUGAUUUCAGUUUUCUGGUUUAAAGUGUUGUGAAAUCUGAAAUCCGUUUUUGUUCACCACCAAAAUCUUUUCCAUUGCUCAUUGAAUCAUUUUUGUUGUUGUUGUUUGUGUUCUCUGUAAACUAUAUACUGUUGGAUCUGAAUAUUUUUAUGCAUUGUACUGCUGCCAAAUAUCCAACAGCCAAUUGGAUUAAUGAGCCGGUGUGCAAAUGUUCCAAAUAAAGCUUGAAAGUUUAGUCAUGUUCCCAUAAAAACAAGGUAUGUGGUC